CGGGACGGCAGCCGGAGGCUGCUGCCACGGGAGGGAGCAGGGCUGGGUGCACCGGCCCCUUCCAUGCCCACCACUGCACCGGCCCACGGCCCGUGAGCCCCGGGGCCGGCGCGGACGAUGCCCGUCGAGGCGCUGCAAGCCGGAGACGCCAUGAAAGGGAUGAGGGCGCCGGCCCCCUUCGCCUCGGCCAUGUCCGUCCGCAUCCUGCGCAAGGGCCCCGCGUAUUUCCACCGGCACGCCGAGCCCGGCGCCGCGAAGCCCAGCGCGGUGGAGAGGCUGGAGGCCGACAAGGCCAAGUACGUGAAGAGCCAGCGUGUCGCCAGCACCAAGCAGGAGCCGGUGAAGCCGCCGCUGCUCAAGCAGCCCCUGUUCACGCCGGGGGUGCGCCGGGCCGUGCUCGCCCCCAGCCGCAGGGUGACCCCGGCGUCGCGCCGGGCCGAGGCCAGCGGCCCCAAGGCCUCCCUCGAUCUGGAGAUCCUCAACAACCUCAUCAACCUCUGCGACAGCCCCUUCCCCAAAGCGGAGAGCCCGCUGGGCCGGGAGUGCAAGCGGAGGGCGGAGGAGCCGCUGGUGCCGGCCGCCGGGGCGGAGGGUGCCGGAAAGCCGCCGGGGAGCCCUGCUGCCGCCAAACCCCCCGGCAGCGUGGCCGUGCGAAGGGUGGAUGUCCGUCCCUGCGGCUCUCCGCGGGGCCGGAUGACGCCAGUGCCCGCGUCCCCCGUCCCGACUGGGCUGCCCGCGACCCCAUCCCGGAGCUCUCCCUCCCGCCGGCAGCCGCUGCUGCACCGCUCCAAGUCGGACCUGAGCGACCGGCUCUCGCGGGCCACCGCCGACCUGGAACGCUUCUUCAACUACUGCGGGCUGGACCCUGAGGAGCUGCAGGACGUGGGUGCCGAGCGCUUCGCCCGCGCCAGCUCCGACAUCGUGUCACUCAAGUUGCCCAGCGUGAGCACGGGCAGCUCGGAGGGUGGCCGCUCGCCGCCCAGCGCCGCCACGCCGGAGGGACGGCCCCCCGAGCGCGUGCCCUACGGCAUCUCCGUCGUGGAGCGCAAUGCCCGUGUCAUCAAGUGGCUGUACGGGCUGCGCCAGGCCCGCGAGCCGCAGCGGGUCUCGGAUGUGUAGCGGUGCCGGGUGAGAGAGCGCGGGCUGUGCCCCGGGAGGAGCAGGGACCUCUCGGUGGUGACAGGACUGUUGAACUCGGCCUGCUCUUGUUUCCUGAUGCUGCAGAGGCGCUGGCACAGCCCUGGUGUGGUGGCUGGGCAUCCUUCCUCCUGGCUCUGGCUCUGUCGGACCCCCUCAGCUGACAGCCAGGUCCCUGCGGGCUCAUGGGAGGACACAGGACACGUGUCUCCGGGUGCACAACUGGUCCCUGACACCCUCCUCUCGCCCACUCCAGUGGUUGGCCUCUGUGCCCUGCUGCAAGCUUCCACCUGCAAGAAGCACCCAAGGGGCUGGUUGCCCCCUGCACAGGACAGGAGAAGCUGCCCCCCUGCAGUCCCCACUGAGGGCACUUCACUGCCUGGGGUGGGGGCUGUAUCCUGAUGGCUCCAUCUUCUUGCUGGCUGUGUGU